ACAACAUUAAAGUUCUAAAUUUAGUCUCAAAAUUCCAACAGCACGUGUUCAUGGUGUUGACAGGACUCUUAGUUCAUUAAAAAGCUGAAAAUGGCAGCAGAUACACAACAAACACACAGACCUGGUGUUUUUAAACAACAAAAUAAAGGACACAAACAUGGCAAACAUAGAAGCAAAGGUUCACUAGAAAGAGAAACAAAAGGAAAAGUCAAUGUUAAAGAGCUUACAAAGAAGAAAAAAAGUGCAUUGAACAGAGCAGACAGAAGACACCAGGCUUCACAGAUUAGAAAACAGAAGAGAGAUGAAGUUUUAGCAAAGAAAAGAGGCAGAGGAGGGCAAGGGUCUCCUCCUCAUUUUGUUGUUAUUUUAAAAUUACACAAAGAUGUAGAUAUAAGUUCAGUGGUAUCUCUGUUAAAGACAUGUGAUGAGGAAGCUACAGUGAAUCUAAAUGAACAGGGAAUCUGUCAUAUUAGUAUUCCCCGAUUUAAACAGAGGGUAUCUAUCUACACACCAGAGUAUGGUAAUAUGCAUGCUUUACUGGACGCUGUAAAAGUUGCCGACUCCUUAUUAUGUCUUUUGUCAACAGAUGGUGGUAUGGAUGAUUUUGGGGAUUAUUGUCUGACAUGUUUAUGUGCUCAAGGCAUACCGGCUGUUAACUUUGGUGUUCAGGGAUUGAAAUCUAUUCCCCAUAAAAAACAAAGUGAUGUGAAGAAAUCGAUACAAAAGAGGAUAGAUAAAAGAUUUCCAGGAGAUAAGUACCAUUCAAUUGACAGCACUCAAGAUGCAUUGCUGAUGUUACGAUUAAUUACCAACCAGAAGUUAAGACCCAUUUUCAACAGAGAAUAUCGUCCACAUUUACUUGCAGAGGAUAUUCAGUUUGAGUUACCUAAUGAAGAGAGUGAGGUUGGAACAUUAAAAGUAAGUGGAUAUUUGAGAUGUCAGAACCUGUCUGUUAACAGUCUAGUCCAUAUACCAGGCUGGGGCGACUUCCAGAUGUUACAGAUCGAUGCUGUUAAAGAUCCAUACUCACAGAAUCAGAAAUCUAGGGGAAUUGCUGGUCAGGAUACAGAAAUGUCAGAAUCAGAAGGCUACGUGACUGUAUUAGAUAAAGUUAAUCCUUCACAACAAGAGUCAUUAGAAAGUGAAAAUGUCCCUGACCCAAUGGAAGGAGAACAAACAUGGCCUACAGAUGAAGAAUUAGCUGAAGCUGAUAAGAAUGCAAAGAAGAAGGUUGUAAAGAAAGUUCCUAAAGGUACCUCAGAAUAUCAGGCUUCAUGGAUUGUAGAUAGUGAUGAAGAUAAUGAUUCACAGCUAGAUGAAGAAAGUGAUGAAGAAGAUGAUGAAAUGCAAGGAGUAGAUGAAGAUGAAUCAGGUGAUAAUGAAAGUGACAAUGAAGAAUUUGAGACUUUGACUGUGACAGAGGCUGAUGAAGAUGCUCGAUAUGAUGAGACAAUGGAUUUAGAUGAAGAGAAAAAUAUGCUAGCAAAGAUAAAGGAAGAGAGAUUACAUGUAAUGUUUCCUGAUGAGGUAGAUACACCAAUGGAAAGGACUGCUAGGGAAAGAUUUACUCGAUAUCGUGGAUUAAAAAGUUUCAGAACUUCCCCUUGGGAUCCAAAGGAAAACUUACCAUUAGAUUAUGCCAGGAUUUAUCAGUUUGCAAAUUUCCGUCAGACUAAGAAACGUGUGAUGAAUGUUGAAUCCGAUGGUGGAGCUUUGCCUGGAUGGUAUAUCACUGUUCAUAUUGCAAAUGUCCCCAAAGAAUUUAUGGAAUCCUACAAACCAGGGAACCCUGUAGUAGUAUUUGGUCUGUUGAAACAUGAACAGAAAAUAUCUGUUCUAAACUUCAUGAUCAAGAAGAACAGUUUUUACACUAAACCAAUUAAGUCUAAAGAAAGACUGAUCUUUCAUGUUGGUUAUAGGAGGUUUUCAGCAUGUCCUGUGUUCUCACAACAUACAAAUGGUACAAAACACAAGUUUGAUAGAUUUUUGCCAUCAGAUACUGUAACUAUAGCAACAGUAUAUGCACCAACCAUGUUUCCUCCUGCCUCAGUUUUAGUGUUUAAAGAAACUUACUCAGGGGAACAUGAACUGGUAGCUACUGGUUCUCUACAUUCAGUCAACCCAAACAGAAUUGUAACAAAAAGAACUGUCUUAUCUGGAUUACCAUUUAAAAUCAACAAGAGAUCUGCAGUUGUCAGAUUUAUGUUUUUUAACCGAGAGGACAUAGAUUGGUUUAAACCUGUAGAAUUGAGAACUAAAUGGGGGAAAAGAGGCCACAUAAAAGAACCCUUAGGUACUCAUGGACAUAUGAAGUGUGUAUUUGAUGGACAGUUAAAAUCACAGGACACUGUUUUAAUGAACUUGUACAAACGGGUGUUCCCCAAAUGGACUUACAACCCACAUGUAAAUUCCCCUCCUGUUAUAAAAGAGUUCAGUCUUGAUACCAUGGAAACAGAAGAAGAGGAGGAAGAGGGCACCGCUUACCAAAUGUUUGAAUAAAAUCUAUUUUAAUUGA